GUAGCUGGGAAUUAGUGGCGACACAUCCUCUUUGAGAAAAUUGACGUAUCUUAUGAAGAAGGCUUUAGAUUUUAGGCUUUCUCCAAUAAGUUUAUUUGUGUCCUUUUAUUUUUAUUCAUGCUCUUAUUGUGGGAAAGAUUUAGUUUGUCACCCUGUAUGUGUUUAGUGUUAGUGAUGUAUAUCUAUUGCCAAAUAGUUUACUGAAAUCAUCUGCAAGAAAGAAAGAAAGAAAGAAAGAAAGAAAGAAAGGAAAACCUCACAUCAUGCUUUUUGUUGGAAGUUUGACCUUUACUUGGACGAGCAGUGUCUUUAAGGGUUUUCUUCGUGAAUUAUGAUGUUAUUGCAAUUUUUGUUGCAUUUGAUUUUGGUCAUCUAAUGGUUUAUCGAUGUCGACUGUAGUUCUUGAAGAUGAAACUCAUUUAAAUUAUCUUUAUGGGCAUUCCCUGUUAUUUCUGGAGUGGUUUGUGGUGACUAUGAGGUCAUUGGAUUCAUGCAAGGAAGUUCAUAUGUAAUAUCAUCCAUCAAGAAUUCUUGAGGGCUAUGUAAAGACGGAAAUCUGAGAGCUUUAAAAAUUUCAAAUAUAGUGUUAAAUAUCUUUUGACAAAACCUACUCUUGACACUGCUAGGAAAGCCAUACAAGUACUAUGCAUUGACAAACACUAAAAGGGUUGUUUAAGUAUUUUCUUACUUCAGGAAUUUGGGAGAGUGUUUGUUAGAAAUGGGAGAUCCUUUAGAGAGAUUGGGGUCUGAAGCAGCGGCAGGACUAGAGUCAUGCAUGAAGGAGGAAUUAAGCAUGGACAUUGAUCCUCCAUUUAGGCAGAAUGUUGCGACGGCCGAGGAUUGGAGGAAAGCUUUGCACAAGGUCGUUCCAGCAGUUGUUGUGCUCAGGACUACUGCACCUCGUGCAUUUGACACUGAGGCUGCCGGUGCAAGCUAUGCGACUGGAUUUGUUGUUGACAAGUCUCGUGGGAUAAUUCUCACUAACCGCCAUGUUGUUAAGCCUGGGCCUGUAGUUGCAGAAGCUAUGUUUGUCAACAGGGAAGAGAUUCCUGUACACCCAAUUUAUCGUGAUCCUGUGCAUGACUUUGGCUUCUUCCGUUAUGACCCUGGAGCGAUACAAUUCCUGAACUACGAGGAGAUCCCUCUUGAUCCUGAAGCUGCAGCUGUUGGACUGGAGAUUCGGGUUGUGGGUAAUGACAGUGGUGAAAAGGUUUCGAUUUUGGCUGGGACCCUUGCUCGUUUGGACAGAGAUGCUCCUCAUUAUAAAAAGGAUGGGUAUAAUGACUUCAAUACAUUCUACAUGCAGGCAGCGUCUGGAACUAAAGGGGGUUCAAGUGGAUCACCGGUUAUUAAUUGGCAGGGAAGAGCAGUUGCCUUGAAUGCUGGAAGCAAGUCUUCAAGUGCUUCUGCAUUUUUUCUUCCAUUAGAAAGAGUUGUGAGGGCCCUAACGUAUUUGCAGAAGAACAAGGAUGCUAAUGGAAAUGUUUGGGAAGCCACAACUAUUCCUCGUGGUACCCUUCAGAUGACUCUACUGCACAAAGGAUUUGAUGAGACUCGACGAUUGGGACUUAAAAGCCAAACUGAGCAGAUUGUCAGACAGGCAUCACCGAUUGGUGAGACUGGAAUGCUUGUUGUUGAUUCUGUGGUUCCUGGUGGGCCUGCACAUAAGCACUUGGAGCCAGGGGAUGUGCUUGUUCGAGUGAAUGGGGAGGUCAUCACACAGUUUCUGGUACUCGAGAAAUUGCUGGAUGAUAAUGUUGAGCAAACAAUUGAGUUACAGAUUGAAAGAGGUGGAUCUCCAAUGACAGUGAAAUUGACAGUUCAGGAUUUGCAUUCUAUUACGCCUGAUUAUUUCUUGGAAAUCAGUGGUGCAGUGAUUCAACCUCUCUCCUAUCAGCAGGCCAGAAACUUCCGUUUCAACUGUGGCUUGGUAUAUGUUGCGGAGCCUGGGUACAUGCUCUCCAGAGCUGGAGUUCCUCGCCAUGCUAUAAUAAAGAAGUUUGUAGGAGAAGAUAUAGCUAAAGUCGAUGAACUUCUAGCUGUGUUAUCCAAAUUAUCCAGAGGUGCUAGGGUUCCUUUAGAGUACGUGAGCCAUGUGGAUCGUCAUAGAAACAAGUCAGUUCUGGUAACUGUUGACCGUCAUGAAUGGUAUGCUCCAGCGCAGAUAUACACUCGAAAUGAUAGUACUGGUUUGUGGAUGCCGAGGCCUGCAAUACCCUCACAGCCACUAUGUAACCCUGCUACUGUCAGUUAUGAUGAAAAAGAAGUAAUGUGUAGGACAAUAGCAUCAACUGGUGGAGAAUCUGGUAUUCUUGAAACCAGAACCUCAUGUACAGAGAUGGAGGGAAUGAAUGGAAAUGGUAGAAUACAAACUAGUGGUGAAAGUAGUCCCAGUACACCCUUAUUUCAAGAAGAAUCAAAUGACCCCAAAAGGGGGGAUACAAAGAGGAGAAGAAUGCAGGAGCAAUUAGCAGACCAAGGGAUGUUAUCAGACUCUAUACACGAGCCAAGAGAAGAAAUCUUAGAAGAUGCCCAGAACUUGGAUAAUACUGAGCCUAUGGAUGAUUGGGGUGGAACUGCAGCUAAUGCUUCAAAGGCCGAACAAGUAAUAGAAGCCACUCUAGUAAUGUUUGAGGUGCAUGUACCACCGUCAUGCAUGCUUGAUGGUGUGCACUCACAACAUUUUUUCGGAACAGGAGUUAUCGUCUAUCAUUCACAAAGCAUGGGUUUGGCUGCUGUUGACAAAAAUACUGUAGCUGUAUCUGUUUCUGAUGUAAUGCUUUCAUUUGCUGCAUUUCCAAUGGAAAUUCCUGGGGAGGUUGUUUUUCUCCACCCAGUGCAUAAUUAUGCUCUGGUUGCCUAUGAUCCUUCUGCUUUAGGAACAGCAGGUGCUGCCGUUGUUUGCGCAGCUGAACUUCUUCCUGAGCCUACCUUGCGACGAGGAGAUUCUGUCUACCUUAUUGGGUUAAGUAGAAAUCUCCAAGCAACAUCGAGGAAAUCUACUGUGACUAACCCUUGUGCUGCCUUAAAUAUCGGCUCAGCUGAUUGCCCACGAUAUAGAGCAACCAACAUGGAAGUUAUAGAGCUUGACACUGAUUUUGGAAGUACAUUUUCCGGUGUGCUGACAGAUGAGAAUGGUAGGGUCCAGGCACUGUGGGCCAGUUUUUCUACACAGUUGAAAUAUGGCUGCAAUUCCUCUGAAGAUCAUCAAUUUGUUCGGGGGAUCCCAAUCUAUGCUAUCAGUGAGGUCCUUGAUAAGAUCAUCUGUGGGGUCAAGGGACCACCGCUGCUCAUAAAUGGCAGAAAAAUGCCAAUGCCACUCGCCAGAAUUCUGGAGGUUGAACUGUAUCCGACUUUGCUUUCUAAGGCAAGGAGUUUUGGCUUGAGUGAUGAAUGGGUCCGGGCUCUUGCCAAAAAAGAUACCAUAAGAAGGCAAGUCUUACGAGUGAAAGGUUGUUUGGCAGGAUCUAAAGCCGAGAACCUUUUAGAACAAGGUGACAUGCUGCUGGCAAUUAAGAAGGAACCAAUCACCUGUUUUCGUGAUAUUGAAUAUGCAUGUCAGGAGUUGGAUAAAUUUGAGGACAGUGAAGGCAAACUAAACCUAACAAUAUUUAGGCAGGGCUUGGAAAUUGAGCUUUCUGUGGGCACAGAUAUUAGAGAUGGCAAUGGCACAAACCGCAUGGUGAAUUGGUGUGGAUGUAUCGUUCAAGAUCCUCAUUCGGCUGUCCGUGCAUUAGGGUUUCUUCCUGAAGAAGGGCAUGGUGUUUAUGUGGCAAGGUGGUGUCAUGGAAGCCCAGUGCAUAGAUAUGGACUUUACGCGCUGCAAUGGAUUGUUGAGGUGAAUGGGAAUCCAACUCCUGACCUCCAAACCUUCGUGGAUGUGACCAAGGGAUUGGAGCAUGGAGACUUUGUUAGGGUACGGACUGUCCACUUGAAUGGGAAGCCACGUGUGUUGACUCUGAAGCAAGACUUGCAUUACUGGCCCACUUGGGAGAUACGAUUUGAUCCAGAGACAGCCACCUGGCGCCGCCAAACAAUCAAAGGCUUAGAUUGCAACGUCGCCUGAUUUGGACCACGCAUUCAAUACAUCCAUACCAAAGCUUCCCUCACCUCAGGAAUCCAAGGAUGUAACAGUUAUUGGUCGACCAACUUUGAUACCCUUAGUGCUAACCAAGAGCCUCUAGUUCAACCUUGGUCCUUCGGAAUCAAGGUGUACAAGUAAUUUGGCAUAUGGGACGAAGCCCGAUAGGAUUGUUAAGUGUUGACAACCAGCACCUUGAAAAAGGCCCGAGUCCCCCCCUAUGUUUUUUUUUUUUUCAACGACGAUUAUGAUGAUAUAAUUGAGUCAAAAGAAUACCCUAAUUAAUUAAACCCCAUCAUUAAAAUAAAGGAACUUGGAGGACCAAAAUUUGAGCGAGAAAGCUUAUUGCAUUGCCAUCAA